CCGGAGUGGUUCUGUAGGAUGUUAAAAAAUUUUUGAUUACCUGUCCAGAUGUCCCUUCGCCUCCCCCUGUCAGUAUUACUCGUUUAAAGGUGUCCACAAAUCAUUCUGCUUGUCCGUUCGAUUGCGGAUGAUAGGGUGUAGGACGAAGAUGACUCAUUCCAUUUGCGCUACAGAAAUACUUAAACUAUUCGCUGAUGAAUUCACUGAGUUCGCUGUUACUGCCUUCAGUGAUUCACUUUCAGUUGUAUGUGGUGAUUUCAAUUUAUGUGACUGUAGCUUCCUUUCGUCACUAGGUCACCAAAACGUAGUAGAUUUUCCUACUCGUUUGGAUGCUCAUUUAGACUUCGUUUUCAUUAAUGAUGUGGAUAUAUAUGCGACUCGUAAACGUGCCCCAUUGUCUAGCUCGGACCACUGUAUAAUUCGUGUUCUAUCUACAGUAUAUGGAAAGCAUGGGAAGAGUACACUCUUACAUCAAACCAAGAAAGUCAAAUAUAGGAAUUACUCAGAAGAAAAUAUCCGAAAUCCGAAAAAAACGUGUUUCAUACGACUAACUGGCAAUUAUUUACAGAUGACUCACUGGAAAACACUACUGAUGUUAUCACUUGUUACCUUAAAUUCUGUUCUGAUAUUUGUUGUCCCACUGAAACCAUUUUUGUAAGUUUUGAUCGACUUACAUUUACACAACUAAAACGACUACGGAGGAAGAAUAAGUGAAUGUACAAGGAGAACUCUAAUGAAGUUCGUAUGCUAAAUGGUCUGAUAAACCUAGAGAUUAGACAUCUCAACUCUAUGUUUACUCAAAUACUCUCCAAGUAUGUGGAAACUGUUUAAAGAACUCACAGGUGACAGACAGUUUAGAAGCGAUAACCAGCUGAAUGUUUGUGACUUUGUAGUGACUCACAUUUAUCACGAGAACACGAUUGAUUUAUUGAAAACAACUAUUAUUAUAACCAAUUGUACCAGUGACUGUUUUAAUGUGCUUUUGUUUAACUGUGCUAUAAAGCAUCCAUUAUUCUUACACUUUGAUCGUGACUUCGCGCAAAUUCGGUUACGUUUUGUAACCAAGCUUCUAUCCUGGCACGAUCUCAGUAUCCUUUCGAUACCACGAGAUCGCCAGCAAAUAUAUAUCGACUUGGUCCAUUAACUGCCUUCUGAUAUUUGGCUUCCGGGGGAUUUUAUGGAUUUCGUUGGUUACGUUCAACCUUCGCCUUCUGAUUCAUUUGGCACGCGAUUCUUUGUAGCGGUGUUCAUAGUUAAUCUCGACUAGACGCCACACUACAACUUAAAUAAGUCUUUUGUACGUCAGUCAUCUGAUGUGAUGCUCCCUUUAUCCACAGGUUUAAAGAAUAGCUGUGUUCCCAGUUUCACUGAAACUGAUGUACGAAGAUGUCACCAGUCGCUUAAUUCAUCUCGAUGUUUGGGACCUGAUGUUAUCCCAAACCUCAUUUUUAAAAAGUGUGCUCACGUCCUAUGUUAUCCGUUCACAGCUAUAUUUAACAGAUCCUUCUCAUCUAAUCUCAUACCGAAAAUGUGGAGAAAGAUGAAAAUAAUCCCUGUACCAAAGAAAGUAUCUGGUGAUAAGAAUGUGAAAUUUAGACCUAUUGCAAUAACUUCACCCUUCCUCAAAACCAUGGAAAAAUUAUUAGUACUUCCACUUGAGCCCGCGAUAAAAGAGCAUAUUGAUCCAUAUCAGUUUGCUUACAGACGCAGAGAAGCACUUUAGAUGCUAUUGCUGUUCUGCAUCACAACAUAGUGUUCAACUUAGAAAAGGAUCAGAAGUAUGUUCGAUGUGCUUUUCUGGACUAUACUUCAGCUUUUGAUUCUAUACCAAGACAGCGUUUACUUAACAAGUUAAUCAGCGUCAACACUGACAGCUGGAUAACCAACUGGCUAUGUUCCUACCUGUCUAGAAGGGAACAGUACACUGUAUUUGGAGGAAAGUGUUCAGAGUCUCUACUGUCUCAUGAAGGUGUAAAUGGUAUUCGAAUUAUCGUAUGAACUAGGAAUUCCAGGAUUAACGCAAUUGAAUUAAGAAGACACAGGCACAAACGAAUGUAUUGUAUUUAGAAUUCGAAAUCAAGCAUUCAACAAGUACCAAGGUAUCAUUAGUCCAUUCAAACACCACAUCCGCCACAGCUUAAAUAGAAGUAUAAGUGUUUGUAAUCGGUUGUACGUCUUCUGAGUCUGUCCGACAUUGUAUAAGAUAAAAACUUUGUAGUAUCUAGAAAGUGCUCAUUAGUAUUGGAAUUGACGAACGAAAUCGGAACAGACUCACCUGGAAUUGUAUACAAUCAGCAUAUCGGUUUUGUAAUGAAAUCAUUAAUAUCUAGAAUUUGAACCAUAGAUUUUUCAACACUAUCCUCCCCCACGAAAUAAUGUUGGAUCUUUAUAUCCCCAAGUUAUGAAUAAUGUGGCUUCAUUUAAAACAUAUUUCUCACAUUGUUUAGAGUAAACAUUAGAACUGUUUUUGUGAUAAGGGUAAACAGCAGUUGAUAUGAAAUCAUCCGAAAUGUAAUCAAACUCGAGGUCACUUAGUACUCGUGCUUCGCAUUGAGCAGGUUUUUCACAAGGAUCAAAUACAUUAUGAGGAUAAGUAAUAUAUGAUAUGACAUCAGGAUUUGAUUCUUCCGAAAUAUUCUCAUGGAAUUCAUUAGGACUGUCAUUGCAGAGCGUAGGAUCGUUAGAAAAAUCAGCAUCUAUCCAAACCACAUCAGGUUUUCGAUCAUGAUUAGGUUCAUUUAACAUAUUUUCCUCAGAAUUGCAAGUAAUUUCAUUAGAAAUAUGUGAAUCAUUAGGAAAAGUCAUACCUGGUACAAUAGCAUGAGAAUUCUGAUAAAUCGGUUCCUUAGGAACUGUUGUCUCACAAGAAUUCUGGAUUUCAUUUAACUCUAAACUGCCAUAUGACUCUGCACUGUCUUUUGAAAUCGUUGAUAAAGAUAAAUGAUCAUCAUGAAUACUCGACUCAGUAGAAUCAGAAUUACAAGACUUAAUAUUAGUUGCAGUAAGAUGAACAUUAACAUUACAAACUGACUGAACUUAUCUAAUAUCACGACAUUUGAAGCACUUAUAAUUACGAAAUUUACAUGAAUUAGAAGGGUGGAACUUGCAACAGAACAAGCACUGACCAAACUUGUCCCCAUCCUCGUGAACUGCAUCCAAACUCAAUGAAUUGUCUGCAUAACCUUGAGUAUGCACUGGGUUGGGAUGACGUAGUAAUGUAGUGGACUUUUUUAUAUCCUCAUGAAUCAUUUUACGAAAUCUUCCUCCUUUACGACAUUCGAAAUUUGCAUACUGAGAAUAGUCUAGCAGUAGAUCCUUGAGAGCUGUAUAAGAAAGCGAAAUGGGCUUUUCCGGCAUAGCCAGAGUUCUUAAUAAGCCGUAUGUUUCUUUUCCAAUGAAUGUGAGGAAGUGUGCCACAAUAUUAACAUCCUCAUCAUCUUCCUUGGUCAUAGCCCAGAUUUCGAACCUUUCAAAGUAAUCUUCAAAAGCUUCCGAAGUUGAAUGAAUAUCUAACUUUUCCAUUGCAGGCUCCAUCGCAACGCCAAUAUGGUAUUCGAAUUAUCGUAUGAACUAGGAAUUCCAGGAUUAACCCAAUUGAAUUAAGAAGACACAUGCACAAACGAAUGUAUGGCACGGUUUAAACGUUAGGUCCUUUUGAAAUGUGCCCGCCCUUUCGUUUCAACGACCUUGAACGGCUUGACUAGAGGCGGUCAUUCCGUAUUUCAAUUGCCGUGGGUUGGUUGGAUUGCAUGAGUAUCAAGUUUUUUCAUAUAUAAGUCAUCUUAUGCUACAUAAAAAAGCACGAAAUAAAUACCAAAACCAUUAAUUUAGCGUUCUCUGUUUUGUAGUGUACACUUUGGCUCAGUUGUUGCUCUGUAAUUUGAUCUUUGAUCCCAACAACUGUAGUAAAGCUCAACGAAAUGUCAAGUCACAGGUAAAUCCUAAGUAUUUGUAGUAUUUCCUUGGGUUAUUAUUGUUGCAAGGAAUAACUUUUUAAUAAUUAGUCAUGUCUGUUUUUAGUGCUUCAUGCUCAAGUGACAUUUCAGUCGACCUAACCGAUGCCUUUCGAAGUAUGAUACUGAACAAGCGUUUCGUGUUGUGGGAUGAUUUUGAAAGCGUCUUAAAAGAUUUCCAAAAAGUAUGGAAUUAUAAUUUUAUCGCUUCUCAGACUACUUAUACUCGUUACAUCCACACAGAAAGCAGAUUGCCGAAGGAUGUCAGGUUCAAAUACCUGUUUGUAACGUUUAAUUGUACGUUUGGUCAUAAACGGAAAUCGGAAGGUUUGAAAGUGGGGCAAAAAUCGUCUAAAUUCCGUGUAAGACUAGAGGAGCAAGGAUAUGUCAUCAAAUCCUACAACAUGCUCCACAAUCAUCCAUGUAGUAGUUCAUGGAUGGUAUGUGAUCCAUGGACAAGGAGAUUAUCGUCAGAAGAAAAAGAGAACUUGAAGCCCGUAAUACUUCACUGUGAGCCUACGUUAAAAGACGAAAUCUUACAGGGAAGCUAUAUCAAUUAUGAAAUACUAACUUCAUAGCUCAUCAACUUCUUAGGUAUUGUAGCAGAUGGAAGUUAUAUAAUACCCAGAACUUCCAAAAUUAUACAUUAACUGCAUUACCACGACGGAGAGAAGUGUAUAUAAGUAUUCAACGAAGCCAAAGAAUCCAUAAGCAUCGCAUCAUUGAGAAGUAUGGUGAACGUUUCGCAACGGAAGUUGAGAAGAAAGUGGACAAUUAUUACUUAAGAAUUCUUAAUACCAACUUGUAAACUUGAUUUUCUGCUUUAGCAGCAAUGAUUAUUCA